AUGAUAACUCUUUCGUAUGCGGCUCACACGAUUCUCUCAAUAUCACUUCACAUUCUUGGAAUCCUAAUGGGCCUAUUCGUCUGGUAUUUGUUCCCAAAAUAUCCGACACGAACAAUUAUGCAAUUACCCAGCGAACGCGUCGCCAUUCACAUUUCACCGCCAACCGUUCAUGAAGAAGUCGUUCAUGAAAAACUUAUCGAUAUUGAUGAGCCCGAGCAGCAAAUUCGACAAUUUGGUUGA